GCUUCAUAUUUCUGUGGAAUUCCCAUUUGCUGGGGAACUGCUGCUGCUCUCCUGAUUGAUAUACGAGGGCAAUGGCACAUUUCCAUUUGACAUUCUCUUUACCUCAGUUUUCUUUUUAAACGUCUGCUCCAAGUUCCUUCUUCCCCCCCCCCUUGUGUUUGGAAGAAAGAAAGAAAUAAAAGGAAAGAAAUGUGACGGAGCAUUGCCUGGAUAUUCCAACUUCUUGCUUUGCACAGCUUAACAUGGAAAUGGAAACUUUUGGUGCACACUUCUGAGAUAAAAACUAGCUCCAAAGCAUGUGGAACAAUGGAAGCUUGGAAGUUAAUGGAAGAUUGUUAUGUAAACCUGAAAGGAAGACUGGGAUUGAGUAUUUAACCAAUUGAGGUCCAAGACUUGCCAUUUCUCCAAAGCAUUUCAGUAAACGAUGGGAAAUCGUGUCCUUCUUGCAUGGAUUUCUGCGCUGUCUCUGGUGGUAAUUUUGGUCAAUGCAGACAAAAAAGGCAAAGCUUUCCUGGCAGAAUCAGAUCCCGAUCGUUGCAUGAGACAUCAUUAUGUUGAUUCGAUUAAUCACCCGCAACAUAAAUGCACUGCCAAGAUGGUACUGCUAGCUCGCUGUGAAGGACGCUGCAGCCAGACUUCUCGCUCAGAUCCACUUGUUUCCUUCAGUACAGUCUUGAAGCAGCCGUUUCGCUCCACCUGCCAUUGCUGCAGGCCUCAGACUUCUAAGCUGAAAGCCAUUCGCUUGCGUUGCUCUGGGGGCAGAAGGAUGACUGCCACCUACAGAUAUAUACUCUCUUGUCAUUGUGAAGAGUGCAAUUCAUAGAGACAUAAAGACAACUAGCCAAGGUCUGAAAAAUGAGAAGACAGUUCACAAAAUAUUUGUAAUAUAUUUUUUUAUGUAUUGAUUACAAACUUUAGCAGGAAAUCUGCAGAUGCCUGGCAUUUGGUUAUGAGGAAUGAAUAUCUGUUGCUGUUUUUUUAUUUUAUAUAUAUACAGAUAUAUAUAUAUUGUUUCUGUGUUUUACAGCAUCAGACUUUGUACACUCCACUCUAUAUAGGAGAUGACAACCUAUAUUUUGGCUUUUUUCCUGCUACCUGCUUGAUCACAGGCAUGGAACUCUCAGAAGAUCUUGUUUCCCUGUUUUAAUAUUGUCUUGUAGUACAUGAUGGAAUAGUGCAAACUAAAGGCAAGGUUUGUUCAUCACCAUGGAUUUAAAUGUAGAAUGAUGGGCUGACAACAGAAUAAUAAAAGAUAUUAUUUAAAUCUAUUAUCUAUAAAACUUUUCUUUAAUGACAUAUCCAGUCUUUGGCUGAUGUUUGAAGUGUUUGUAUUAUGAUUUUAUGCAUAAGCUACUCAUGCUUUACAUUAAUAUAUAAAUAACAGGGUCUUUGAAUAAUUUAACAAACAUUUAAAAAAAAUAAAUAAGAAAAAAAUAGAAUCAGAGGGCCCUGCUCACAAAAGAUUAACAUUUUUCCUGUAAUGAAUUUUUCCCAAUGUGUGUUGAAGAUUUUAUUAUAGCAUUAAACUUCAUGUUACUUUUAAAUCAUCCCAGAAUGGUUCUAUUACUGUAAAAGUAUUUAGUAGUUGUCAAAAAACAAUGCUAUUUUUGUUUUUCAUUAUUGAGAUA